GGUUGAGAGGUUUGCCUGUAGGUAAGUGGUGGCCAGGGGGAGAAUCCCAUGGGUCACUGGUGGCCUGUAGGGUAGCGAGAGCUUGGUGAGCUUGGGGGAGGCCUGGCCACACCUCGGAAUUCCCCGAGGCGGUUAUGCGGGUCAAGGAGUCGCGCCGAAAAUCCACAGACACAGUUUGCGAGGCCUGGACAGGCUGCGAGACGGGCCGCUGAGGAAGGUGGUCUGGAAAACGUGUGGCUCUGUGAGGCGUGUCCUCACGCUCCUCACCCCCACCCCCAUUCUUCAGGGCAUUCCCUGUGCAUCUAGUCGCCUGCACUCAUCUCCCCUCGAGUGCCAGCAUGGGGCUGGCUGGCAACAGAGGGCCUGUCCCCGUGGGUGCCGGUGCCUCUGACGUGUGGGGUGGACAGCGCUUCGGGAGCACCAGCAUUAGGGCUGUCAGUGUGCCACGAAGAGGAAAGAUUUUCCCUUCUCAGAUUGGCCCUAAGCUGUAGAACUGAACCCAGGAGGAAACUGUCUGCACAGAGGCGAUCCUGGGGCGAGGGGCCGGCUCUCACUCAGGGCUCCUUGCCCUGUCAUGUCGACCAUCCUGGCCCAUCGUUCUUGGCUGUAGGGCCCUCCUGUGUACGUGGCAUGUUGAGUGGCACCCCUGGCCUCCACCCACCACCAGUUGUGGCAACCACAAGUGUCUCCAGACGUCACUAAGUGUCCCCUGAGGACACAGCCACCCAGACUGAGAGCCUCGAGGAGGAUGUGGAAUGGGUGAGGCUCCUGGUAGAGGGGUCUCAGGAGCCUAUUAGACGAAGCCAGAAAUUGCUGUCCAAGGAGAGGCAGCGUCCUGCCCUGGGCCUGGCCUUGACCAGACGGGUCAGGAAAAGGCAGAUGACAGAAAUCUCCCCCCCAGCUCUGGCUCCUGGGCACCUAGCAGCAGCCACAAGAGCCCAGUCAGCCCUUGCUAGUUAAAGGUGGGUGUAGGUUAGUCUCAGGGUCCGACCAGCUUCACAGAGAGGGUCAGACUCCCCUGUCAUCAGCUCCUCCUCUGUUGGAAAGUUCUCCCCAAAGUGUGCCCUCUGGAAAACCAUGUGACCCGGCGCCAUCAGCCAACUGGGAUGCACACCAUGAGCCAGCUCUCAGCAGGGCCCCCACCCCAGGCCCCCCACCCUCUUCCUGAGGUCAUGCCCUCUCAGCACCAUGAAAGAGGGCAGCAAGGGACCGAGGGAGCUGCCGCCUGGAGGCUGCCUGGGGCGGCCUGCUCGGGGAUGAGACAGGGGUUAUCUUGUCGGUUACCAGAAGAGUAGGGGCCGUUUUUAUUGAGAUUGUCCAACAGUUUCAUCAGGAAAGACUAUAGGGAAAGAAUGUGUGUGUUUCGUGUCACAUACUUAUGCAAAUAGAGUGCUUUCUCUCCAGGGAGACUUACGUGGUCAACAAUUGAUUGCAGUUUUUAAUAAUCUGGUCUUUUUUCACUCCCAGAAUAUUUUGGGGAUGUCCCAUUCUGUGGAAGCAGAAUUUCAGUUUGUUUGUAUUUCCGUAGAUGUUUAGAACAAACUUUGGUCCCGUUGAGCCGUGGGAGUUGAACAUUACGUGUCCCCCGGCAUCCCUCUGUUUGGGAGGCCACGGCAGGCAGAUGGGGGAGCUGCGUGCCCCUUCACAGCCCCUGACUGUGGUGGGGGCGGGAAGCAGGAGACAGGAGCAGGUGGGAGCAGCCCACCAGUGCCACGCAGCAGAGUGAUGACUUGAUCAGAAGGCAUGCUCGUCCUGGUCGACCCCCUGCCCAGUCCCUCUUUGGAGCCCUCUGCCCUGCCCUGGGCUGCAACUUGUUCCUGACCACCCGCUGGCUGCAAAGGGUUGCCUGCCGUGUCCAUGUAGCUUCAUGUCCAUCACAUGUGGCAUCAUCGGGCUGUCUGGGGAGCGUGCAAGCUGAAAGCCCUGAUCCAAUCAUUUAAAUAAGGUGGCGGCUGCCUCCAGAAAGCCAGAGGCAGCGGCUGAAUGAGCCAAUGUCCGAACGAUGAGAUGUCCGAGUCGGGCCAGUCUUCGGCGGCUGCCACACCCAGCACCACGGGCACCAAGUCCAACACGCCCACGUCCUCUGUGCCCUCGGCCGCGGUCACACCCCUCACCGAGGGCCUGCAGCCCCUGGCGGACUACGGCGCCGGCACCAAGAACAACAGCAAGCGGGCUCGGGAGAAGCGCAACAGCCGCAACAUGGAGGUCCAGGUCACGCAGGAGAUGCGGAACGUCAGCAUAGGCAUGGGCAGUAGUGACGAGUGGUCUGAUGUUCAAGAUAUUAUCGACUCCACCCCAGAGCUGGACAUGAGUCGGGAGCCCCGCCUGGACCGCACAGGCAACAGCCCAACCCAGGGGAUCGUGAACAAGGCUUUUGGCAUUAACACUGACUCUCUGUACCACGAGCUCUCGACUGCGGGGUCCGAGGUCAUCGGGGAUGUGGACGAAGGGGCCGACUUGCUAGGGGAGUUCUCAGUGCGCGAUGAUUUUUUUGGAAUGGGCAAGGAAGUGGGGAAUCUGCUGCUGGAGAACUCUCAGCUUCUAGAAACCAAAAACGCGCUGAACGUGGUGAAGAACGACCUCAUCGCCAAGGUGGACCAGCUUUCUGGGGAGCAGGAGGUGCUGAAGGGGGACUUGGAAGCCGCGAGGCAAGCUAAGCUCAGGCUAGAGAGCCGCAUCAAGGACCUGGAGGAGGAGCUGAGGAGAGUGAAGUCAGAGGCCAUUGUCGCCCGCCGUGAACCCAAAGAAGAGGUGGAGGAUGUAAGCAGCUAUCUCUGUACAGAAUUGGACAAGAUCCCUAUGGCACAGCGCCGCCGCUUCACGCGGGUGGAGAUGGCCCGCGUGCUCAUGGAGCGCAACCAGUACAAGGAGCGGUUGAUGGAGCUGCAGGAGGCCGUGCGGUGGACUGAGAUGAUCAGAGCAUCCCGGGAGCACCCGUCUGUCCAGGAGAAGAAGAAGUCCACCAUCUGGCAGUUCUUCAGCCGCCUCUUCAGCUCCUCCUCCAGCCCCCCUCCUGCUAAGCGGUCCUACCCCUCGGUGAACAUCCAUUACAAGUCGCCCACCACGGCCGGCUUCAGCCAGCGCCGCAGCCAUGCCAUGUGCCAGAUCUCUGCCGGCAGCCGGCCCCUGGAGUUCUUCCCUGAGGACGACUGCACGUCCUCCGCCCGGCGGGAGCAGAAGCGCGAGCAGUACCGCCAGGUGCGCGAGCACGUGCGCAACGACGACGGGCGGCUGCAGGCCUGCGGCUGGAGCCUGCCGGCCAAGUACAAGCAGCUGAGUCCCAAUGGGGGCCAGGAGGACACGCGGAUGAAGAACGUGCCUGUGCCCGUGUACUGCCGCCCUCUGGUGGAGAAGGACCCGACCAUGAAGUUGUGGUGUGCCGCGGGGGUCAACCUGAGUGGCUGGAAACCCAGUGAGGAUGACUCUGGGGAGGGAGUCAAACCCGCACCUGGCCGUGACCCUCUUACCUGCGACCGGGAAGCAGAAGGAGAUACCAAGAGCAACCACACGUCUCCCGAGAAGAAAAAGGCCAAGGAGCUGUCUGAGACGGACGCCACCUCCAGCCGAGUGUGGGUCCUCACCAGCACCCUGACCACCAGCAAAGUGGUCAUCAUCGAUGCCAACCAGCCGGGCACCGUCGUGGACCAGUUCACCGUCUGCAACGCCCAUGUCCUGUGUAUCUCCAGCAUCCCCGCGGCCAGCGACAAUGACUAUCCUCCAGGGGAGAUCUUCCUGGACAGCGACAUGAACCCUGAGGACUCCAGUGCCGACGGUGUGCUGGCCGGCAUCACCCUGGUGGGCUGUGCCACCCGCUGCAACGUGCCUCGCAGCAACUGCUCCUCCCGAGGGGACACCCCAGUGCUGGACAAGGGCCAGGGGGAGGUAGCUGCUGUUGCCAAUGGGAAGGUCAACCCAUCUCAGUCCACGGAGGAGGCCACGGAGGCCACCGAGGUGCCAGACUCUGGGCCCAGUGAGGCAGACACAGCUGUAGUGCGGCCUGGGCCCCUCACGGAGCACGUCUUCACAGACCUGGCCCCGACCCAGCCCCCCAGUGCCCAGCCUGGCAGUGAGAAUGGGCUGGAGACCGACGCUAGUGGGGUGCAACCUGAGGCGGAGCCCAGCGGAGACCCUGCGGGGGCCAGCAGCAGUGCCGCACCCACCAUGUGGCUGGGAGCCCAGAACGGCUGGCUCUACGUGCACUCCGCCGUGGCCAACUGGAAGAAGUGUCUGCACUCCAUCAAGCUGAAGGACUCGGUUCUGAGCCUGGUGCACGUGAAAGGACGAGUACUGGUGGCUCUGGCAGAUGGGACUCUGGCCAUCUUCCACCGAGGUGAAGACGGCCAGUGGGACUUGAGCAACUAUCACCUGAUGGACCUGGGCCACCCCCACCACUCAAUCCGCUGCAUGGCUGUCGUGUACGACCGUGUGUGGUGCGGCUACAAGAACAAGGUGCACGUCAUCCAGCCCAAGACGAUGCAGAUCGAGAAGUCAUUCGAUGCCCACCCGAGGCGGGAGAGCCAGGUGCGGCAGCUGGCGUGGAUCGGCGAUGGGGUGUGGGUGUCCAUCCGCUUGGACUCCACGCUGCGGCUCUACCACGCCCACACCCACCAGCACCUGCAGGACGUGGACAUCGAGCCCUACGUCAGCAAGAUGCUGGGCACAGGCAAGCUGGGCUUCUCCUUCGUGCGCAUCACAGCCCUGCUCAUUGCGGGCAACCGCCUGUGGGUGGGCACUGGCAAUGGAGUCGUCAUCUCUAUCCCGCUGACCGAGACUGUGGUCCUGCACCGAGGUCAGCUCCUGGGGCUCCGAGCCAACAAGACAUCGCCCACGUCUGGGGAGGGGGCCCGCCCAGGGGGCGUCAUCCACGUGUAUGGCGACGACAGCAGUGACAAAUCAGCCAGCAGCUUCAUUCCCUACUGCUCCAUGGCCCAGGCCCAGCUCUGCUUCCACGGGCACCGCGACGCCGUCAAAUUCUUUGUCUCAGUGCCAGGGAACGUGUUGGCCACUCUCAACGGCAGCGUGCUCGACAGCCCGUCGGAGAGCCCCGGGCCUGCCGCUGGCUCCGAGGCCGAGGGCCAGAAGCUGAGGAACGUGCUGGUACUGAGCGGCGGGGAGGGCUACAUCGACUUCCGCAUCGGCGAUGGAGAGGACGACGAGACGGAGGAGAGUGCAGGGGACGUGAGCCAGGUGAAGCCCAUGCUGUCGAAGGCCGAGCGCAGCCACAUCAUCGUGUGGCAGGUGUCCUACACCCCCGAGUGAGGCUGCUGCCGCCUCCCCCACCCACCGAUGCCAACGUGUACAUAUGCCCGCCCACCGCCCACCGCCGCCCCGCAGGCAGCCAGGCGCCUGUCCGCCCCUCUAACCUCUCAACCCGCAGCUUUCACCUUCGGCCCAGACCUCCCCGCGAGCUGGCAGGGGGCAGCAGCGGGUCUGGCUGGGAGGGCGGCCGGGGCGCGGGGUGGCCUUCUCACCAGGGAGGGGCAGAGCCUCUCGGGACACCCUUUCCCCAGCAGCUCCUGGCCGGCACCCAGCCCAGCGUAGUCCCAAGGACACUUCAAGGCCAGAGCGAGGCAGAAUCCUGGGGGUGUCGGGCGGGGGGAAGGCCCUGCAGGCAGCUCCCAGCACCACCCUGGUCCCCACUCCUGUCACUCACUCCAGGACCCCCAGGGCAGGAAGCAGGGACUUCACCCCCGCCCGUCUUCCCCCUCGAGACACUUGCCUGCUGCCCAUGGGGGUAGAGGUCUGACCUUAAGGGAGCCAGCCGAGCCGCUAGCCUUCCCUGGGCUCCCGCACCCUGCUCCCUGCAACCCCGGGAACUGGCAUGAAAGCACGUCACCAGGCUCCCUGGGGCAGCUGCUCGAGAAGACAGAGACAGAUGCCCUCACCCCGCUCGAGCCCCAUGACCCUCCUUGUGGCAGGCUCGCGCUGACCUUCACUGACCCAUGUCUGUCCAGUCGUCCCCCCCACCACACCCCACCCUCACUGUCCCUGGGCAGAAGACCCACCUUACAGGAGCAGGUCCUGGAGUUCUGCCCCUCCCAGAAGCCCCUAGGUUGGAAUUUCUCAGGCUGUCAGGGCAGGCCCAGGCCUCAGGAAGAAGGGGAGGCCUCUGGCCUCUCCUGGGGUCAGUCCUAGGAUGCAGGCUCAGCCUCAGGGUGACAGGGAAGAUGUGCUCCAUGGCCUGCCUCCUGCAAGGUCUCCAAAGGAGCCCAGCUCCCAAGACACACUACUAAGUGCCUAGGGCUAGAGGUGUGGCCUGCUCCCUUGAGGGCAGCUGGCACAGGCUGCAGUGCAGAGGCCCUAAGGGCUAAGGACAUGAGCCGCCUCCAGCCGGCUCUGGGUGUGUGUGCCCCCUGCUCAGAGGGCGCCGCCCUGGACUGCCACCGCCGCCACCUGCCCAGGCCUUACUCCUGCUCCCAGAGGCACUGAUCAGGGCAGCCCCAGGCCCUGCUGCCCACCCACCUCCUCCCACCAGAGAAGCACAGAUCUUGGGCAGUCAUCCCACAAGCCCAGCUGGACACCGCGGCAGCCACGUGCAGCUGCAGGCUUCUUCCCACCGCCCUGCCACUCUCCACUGUGAUGUCCAUCAGGUCCCUUGUCUGUUCCCACAGGGCCGUGAAGUGACUUGGGGGUUAGCCAGGUGGGUGCAGCUGGGGGAAGGGGCUGGGUGAUGAUUCUCCUCAGGCUUGGGCCCUGCAAGCGAACCCACGUAUCUGCUCUGUAUGUAAUAAAUGUCCUAACAUCAU